AUGAAGGUCUUCUGUCUACGGUCCAAGUCUGAGAGUGAAGACUGCAUCAAAAACCAGAUUCUCAAGAUUCAGACGCAGUUCGGCAAGAAGAUCAAGUUCGUUCGGCAUGAUGGAGCGCACGAGUUCGCGACCAACUCGAUCAAGACCUUCUAUGAAGAUCAAGGUAUAGAGCAGCAGGUCACAGUGCCGUCUGCACACCAGACCAACGGCACUGCAGAACGCGCGAUAUGGACCAUCGUCACGAUCGGACGCAGCUUGUUGCAUCAUGCAAAGCUGGAAAAGUGUUUAUGGGCUGAAGCGGCAAUGACGGCGAUCUACAUCAAGAACCGCCUGCCGUCACCCAAGAUCGAUCACAAGACUCCGUUCGAAAUCGUGUACAAGUCGAAACCAAGUGUCAAGCACAUGCGCGUGUUUGGAUGUCAAGCGUACAUCCUGACACUAAAGGUGAAGCGAAUGAAGUGUGACUCGAUGGUUCGUUUACGGAUGUUCAUGGGCUACGAAGAAGCGUCAAAGGCGUACCGAGUGUACGGCAUUGAGGCGGGCCAAGUGGUGAUCAGUCGUGACUUCACCUUCGACGAAUCGACAUUUAAUUUUUCGAUGGAACGAUCAAGUGACGACGAUGAAGAUGCGGAGUUGGACCUCAACCUCCUGGCGUUCAACGAUGACGUACGUCAGACCACCUACAAGCAGACUGGCAAGCGCAAGAGUGAAGCAAGCACCGGCAUGUCACGGUCAUCUCACCAUUAA